AAAGCUGCUCAGAACCAGAACAAAGCUGCUCGGCUUUCAUUUCCUGUUCUGCAGGAAAUUGGGAAAGAGGCGGCCGAUAGCUGCUGCUGCUUAUCAGCUGCUUCCUCUCUGCUUCAUGAAGAGACGGAGCGUCAGUCAGAGCUUCACCUGCGCUCCUCAUCCUCGCUGUAACGGAGGUCCGACUUGACAUUUAGACAACAGCAAAGCCUUCAGUUCUGAGAAAAUAGAGGUUUAUUAAAGCAGACAAACGGGGAUAAAAAUGCAGCCUGGAAAUAUAAACAAGUCAGUAGCUGCGUUUCCAUCGACUGUAAAAUUACUAAAAUAAAUGAGCUUAUAGCAACUACACCAAUUUUGAAGAGUAAUUCAAGAUUUUGAUAGAAAGUUUCUGCACUAGGAUCAGGUGUUUUUAACAGCUGGAUCAAAAUUAGUGUAUUUUGCAAAAGUGCAAUGUGAUCAAUAACCGGAUGUUACUACUGGUGGAAAAGACAGACAACGGCAGGAAGUAGGUGAUUGAUGGCGUGAUGUUUUUUUUUUUUUUUUACAAAUGUAUUCAUGUGUGAUUUUAAUUGGAUUCUUAUUUAAUGGAAACAGCCAUUGCGAAAUGUGUUUUUUUGACAUUAAUGUAAAUAUGCAUUGCAACCAUUACUCUAUUACAAUUUGAGUACCUCUCUGUAAUACUAAGAUAAAUAUCAGUGAUAUUUACUGUAGUACUUGCUGCCAAACUAGCAAAAUUAGCUUAGCUAAUGUAGCUUUUAUCUACAAGCUAAGAGGGACAUAGCCUACGUGUUUAUCUGCCAGUCACCAGAACCUUGUUAUUCAUGUGAAGAGUUCCUUUACAAAUCAAUUAAAACAUUGAUUUUAUGCGUCCUUGAAACUCCUCUAUGAUGUAUUCACUCUUCAUGUUCACCAGCUAGUGAACUAUAUCUACUUAGAUUGAGAUCAGAGGCAGCUUGUCCACUUCAUCUGACACGUUUUCCUUUUUCGUCUCUUUUGGGUCAAUUCCUACAGCAGCCAUUUUGUUUAUGUAUUUUUCUUUCGCACAUUGGUUAAGGUGUCCAUUCUUUUUUCAUUUCGUUGGUCUCGAAUCCAUGGGUCUUGCCUUCUACGAUAACACAGAUCACAUCCGCUUCAGACUUGUGGGAACUAUGCAUUGUUUGUAUUCUUGAUUCAGAUAUUCUGAAGCCCCGCCCCUCCAGGUAUUUUGUACUCACAUUCUAACUUUUCUCCUCCCAUGAGAUCUUCUCUCCCUUCUGCAGCAGUUUGGGUCUAUCCAUGCUGUGGACACACCCCCUCCAUCAGUGGGCGGAGCUUCUCUCUCUCUUCCCCCCCUCCUAUGGGAGUAUUUAGGUGAAAGCGAGGCGGUUGUGGUCCUCAGCAUCAGCAGCAGCUGCAUCAUCCGGACGGCAGGCUGGAGCCCUGGUACUCGUACACCCACUGGUUCCCCAUGGCUUCGGCCCAUGUGAUGAAGGACGGCGGGCCGGAGCCGAUACCGCGCAUGCAGCCCGCCAUGAUGAUGUUCUCCAGCAAGUACUGGUCCAGGAGGGGGAUGUCUCUGGACUCGGCCAUGUUCGACCAGCACAACCACCACCAUCAGCAGAGGCACACCGGGGGACAGAUGUCCAGACGGACAUCUUUCUGUCCAAUCAACGAGAAGCCCGAUGGCGAAAACGCAGAGGAUUCUGGGAAAACAGCGGUGGUGUUUUCUCUGAAAAACGAGGUCGGCUAUCUGGUCAAAGCGCUCAGACUCUUCCAGGAGAGACGGGUCAACCUGAACCACAUCGAGUCCCGGAUGUCGAAGCGGGUUCCUAACGAGGUGGAGAUCUUUGCCGACUGCAAAUGCAGCAAGAAAGAGUUUAACGAGCUUCUGCAGCACCUCAAAGAUCACGUCAACAUAAUCUCCUUCAACACGCCUGCGCAUGUUUGGUCAGCUGAGGCAGAUGAAGAGGACGUUCCCUGGUUUCCCAUGAAAAUCUCAGAGUUGGAUCAGUGUUCACACAGAGUGUUGAUGUACGGGUCGGAGUUGGAUGCAGAUCAUCCUGGGUUUAAGGAUAACGUUUAUCGUCAGCGCAGGAAGUACUUUGUGGAGGUGGCCAUGAACUACAAAUUUGGGCAGCCCAUCCCUCGGAUCAAGUACACCUCCGAGGAGGUGAAGACGUGGGGCGUCGUGUUCCGAGAGCUGACCAAGCUGUACCCGACCCACGCAUGCAGCGAGUACCUGAAGAACCUGCCGCUGCUCACCAAACACUGCGGCUACCGGGAGGAUAACAUCCCCCAGCUGGAGGACGUCUCCCGUUUUCUCAGAGAGCGUUCUGGCUUCACGGUGCGACCUGUGGCCGGUUACCUUUCACCCAGAGACUUCCUGGCUGGUUUGGCCUACAGAGUGUUUAACUGCACUCAGUACAUUCGCCACAGCACCGACCCCCUCUACACACCAGAACCAGACACGUGUCAUGAGCUGCUGGGUCACGUUCCCCUGCUGGCCGACCCAAAGUUCGCCCAGUUCUCCCAGGAGAUCGGACUGGCCUCUCUGGGAGCGACGGAUGAGGACGUCCAGAAACUGGCCACGUGUUAUUUCUUCACCAUUGAGUUUGGACUCUGCAAACAGGACGGUCAGCUCAGAGCUUAUGGAGCGGGAUUACUGUCAUCCAUCGGAGAGCUCAGGCAUGCUCUGUCUGAUAAAGCCUGUGUGAAGAUGUUUGACCCAAAGACGACCUGCAACCAGGAGUGUCUAAUCACCACCUUCCAGGAUGUUUAUUUUGUCUCUGAGAGCUUCGAGGAAGCCAAGGAGAAGAUGAGUGCAGGAGUUCUGACCGGUCCAAUCAAUUGGUUCUGACUUCAGUCUCAGAUUAUCAAGCUGCUUCAAGUGUCUGAUUUCAUCCAGUUAAUGUUUGCUCUGCUCAUGUCAAAUGUCUCCUGUAACUGAGUCCAAACUGUCAGAAUAAAGUGACGAAUCCCCAGGAA